AUGCAAAAUCUAGCUGAUACCAUAAUGUUGAAUGACAGAAGGAGGACCACCCAUCUAUCCAUUUUUUCGGAAAUGUCCGAGUUUUACAUCUCAUCUCGCCUUUGCAAAUCGUUUCUCCUGUCUGCGCCAACUUCCACCAUGGGUUGGUGGUUAGCCUUCUUUGCAAAGGGACAGAACAAUGUUUAUUACUACAAAGAUCGCCGAAAGGUUAAAGAUUACAAAAUGUGGAGCGACGAAUUUUUCUUAAAGCCGUGGCAUCGACUGGACGGUUGA